GGACUGAUUUAAUAGAGACCAGGGCAAAUCCUAACAGGACAAAGGCCAGUGUCGGGGGAGGAGGCCGCGCACACACGUUUAUAUGCGAGAAUCCCUUCAUAGGUAGGGAUCCCGCGCCAAGAAAGCUGCUUGCUACGGUUUAGUAAGGGGCCGCUUUAAAUUCAGUGUCUCGCAGUGUAAUUGCUACUUCUCGCGAGAUUUUUAGGAUAGUUUAGCCCACUAUAAUGGGAGAAAAAAAAAAAAAAAAUCCCGCCGUUGCCAUAGGCAACCGGGAGGCAACGCCGAGGUGCAGGAAAGAAUUGUAGGUCCUUAAAGAGUCCGACGCAGGCCCUCGGAAAGCAUGGGGCAGGUCUCUGGACUAGUGCCCUCUCGUUUUCUGACGCUGCUAGCUCAUUUGGUGAUCGUGAUAACCAUCUUCUGGACGCGGGAUGACAAUAUCCGAGCCAGUUUGCCCCCCAGUUUCACUUCCGACCAGUAUAAGAAGGAGGAUUCUGAGCUGGUCACUGCUCUCUCCAUUACAUUGGGCCUCUUCCUGAUAGAACUGGCAGGUUUCUUUUCAGGCGUGUCCAUGUUCAACAACACCCAGAGCCUCUUUUCUAUCGCGCUGCAUUGUUGCGCAGCUGUGUCUUUGGCCUUCUUCGUCUUCGAGUCUUGGGAGUGCUCCACCUAUUGGUACAUCUUCACCUUCUGCAGUGUUCUUCCAGCUUUCACUGAAGUAAUAAUGUUCAUCACUGUCUUCGUGUUAAAGAAAAAAUCCUUCUGAUUCUACAAAUGUGGGGCAGAAGACCGGAAAAGGCUUUGCAACCAGCUCUCAGUCCUUGGAGAAAACAUGGGAAGAGUAAUGGUGACGGAGUUUGGGGAACUCUCUUGCAAUGUUUUUCUCUCCUCCGAAUUUGGACACAAUGACUUUGUAUCUUAUGCUUUGUAAUAAAACUAAACUUUUGUAGUAUAACUAAA